AUGGCUCACGCCCAGCUGGCAAGGGGGACACACGGGGGAGGAUCGGUGUUGUCAUUCGCUUUCCCUCGUCGAAAGACAGAACAGGACGACACGCACAAGGCCGGUUGGUUGCUGGCACCAGGCCAAGGACACAAAGUCAACGUGGCUGAAAGGGUUAAAGUUUGGAUUAAAGCAUACAGAGAGCUCUGUGUGGGCGACGUCCAUCAACCCUCUCCAGAGGCGCACUCCAACAGUCCAAGCUCACGAAUCUACGGGGUCUCGUCAUCGUUCUUUCUCUGCCUGCUUCAUCUGUGUGUUCAAGGCAAUGAGGAGGUGAACACUGUGUGUCUUGCUCAAAUGACCCAGUAUUUUUAUGACAAUGUCCAGCCAAAGACCAAACAAGGAACUGAUGCUCAGUAUGCAUUAUCCAUCUAUGUCCCACCGGCUCAUUGUGUUUAUAGUGGUACUAAAAUCAAGAAUGUGUUUGACAAGGAAGAUGCAGCACUGAAAAAGCUAAAAAACAAAUCUCAAAAAGUUAACAAAUCACAACUUUGCACAUAAAAAAAAAAUGUCAUUGCUUCACGGCCAGUUAGAAUAGAUAAGAAAAGAACAGAACAUUCUGAGCAUGUUCUGCUCUAUCCUGUAUGUAACUCUCUCAUGGACAAACUUCUAAAAAAGGCAAGAAACCAGAGCUGUGUAGUGUUUUAUUCGUACAACUCACCUUGUGUGGAAACAUGCCUUCAGAGUGCAGACAAUAUUACAGAAGGCCUUAGAAAUUGGAUCAAUAAAAGAAAAGGCCAAAUGAAUGCCUUUGUCUUCCAAGAGAUCUGGCACAGGGACAAUGACAGGGAUCGCCAAACAGAAUUUCAAAACAUUGAUAAGAUAGUGCCUCUUUAUCGGUGUAUGAGAAUCAGUAAUGCGAUGGAAUGCCGGAAAUGUGUGAACAAUAACUGUGUGGAUCCCUUCCUGUCGGGGUCUGCCCCAAAAGAAAUAAGUACUUUUCUUUUUUUCCAGAAUUGCCUUACUCAGUGA